CCCUAGCCUCGGAAUUCACCACACCUUGCUGAACCCCGAUUCACUGAGCGGCGCCGGAGAUGGAGCUGAUCGAGAGCGGGCUGGCGGAGAUGGAGAUCUACUUGGGCGGCGAGUCCAGCGCAAAGACGAGGUCGACGAAGAAGAACAUCACAAAGCCGCGGCGAUUUGGCCUGACGCGCACCGGGAUGCCCAAGACAGAUCGGCUCCCACCUCAGAUCCGGAAGACGGAUGAGCACAGAGGGGAGGUGCAGGAGCUGGCUCCUCCUACAGAGGAGAAGCGGGCGGUGGAGCCGGCUCCUCCUACAGAGGAGCAGGAGGAGGAUGACGCAGCUCCUCCUACAGAGGAGCAAGAGGUUGAGGACUACCGCAAAUUCUGGGAGAGGUGUUUCGGCCGCCGCCACGGUUCCUACGACGCCGAAACUUCUCUUGCUCCCAUGUACUGUGCAACAGGAACCAUCCCACCAGAUGCUCUCCCGGAUAGUUCCUUGCAGUUCUUCUCCAUCAAAGUCACCGACCUAUCUGGUCUGAGCUGGCCACUUCAGGUUCAUGGCUUUGUUGCUGCCAGGGACUCAGUAGAUCGUAGGCGCAACUAUCUCCUCAGAUGCUCCAGGGAUAACUGCCAAACACUCACUGAAAAGGAUCCAUUCUUGCGUUUAACGGGCCCGUCUCGCGCGGUUCUGAUGAUUGACCCAGUUGCGAUAGAGGUUCAACUAAAAGUAAAGACUACAGAAGAGUCUGAAGAUGAUGAAGUCUUGGCUCUCGCUUGUUUUAAGUUCCGUGAAACUUAUCCUUUGAUAGAUGGGCUCCGUGCAUGUAUCCCCCGCCAGCGCUGCAUGCUUGAGUUUGCUUUGGCGGUGCUGGGUAGUUCGGUGGAGACUACCGUGGGUGUCCGACUCGUCGAUGGGUCGUGGCCGGAUCAGUGUGCAGGGCUGAUUGUUUGCAACACCGACAAAGUAAAAGAAGGGAGGAUGGUGCUGCUUGAUUUUAAGGAUGGAAAGCUGCCAACCAAGUCAGAUGGUACAGUUGAGCUCUCAAGGCGUAUUGUUUCUGUCAGCUACCCAGCGGGGAAACUGUUUGUUUCUGUGGAGGCCUCUCGGUACGGGUUUUCUGCACAGGAUACAGUCAACUUCGGGAUGAAACGGUCGGGCACAAGUACUUGCACAUGUGAUCUCGUUUUCUGCAAGAUGGAAGUGACUGUUACUUGGGGAAACUCAAUUUGGAUCCCGGGUCCAAAUGCUCUCGCUAGUUCGACCAAUCAUUUGUGUCCAGGUUGAUGGCCCUUCUCGUAUAUCCUCAUGUAUAUGGAUCUGAUUGCCGUUCAUGAUGAUAGUAGAUCUGCCGUUUGCGAUGUGUGCCUGAUAGUAGAACUUCGGGAUGAAACUGUCGGGCACAAGUACUUGCACAUGUGAUCUCGUUUUCUGCAAGAUGGAAGUGACUUUUACUUGGUCUCUUGUUUCUAUCUAUCGGUAAUAAUGUUUGGAGGCGUCCGGACCUUGUUCUACCUGCCUAACUAUGUAGUUCGCUCAGAUGUGGUGUUAGGCUGCUUACCUAAUGAGCAUAUUAGCUAUUGCUACUGAACUUUGCUUAAUGUUAUGCCUUGUUUGUGGAA